AUGUCAAAGACAACAGUAAUUUCUUCUUUAACACUCACAGCUUUUGUAUGUUAUUUGGUUUAUUUUGAUUACAAUCGUCGUCAUUCUGUUGAAUUUCGUAAAAAGUUGAAGAAAACCAAAAAAAAUCACUAUAAACAACAAUUAAAAUCAAAACAAAAUGCCAAAAAGGUCAAAUUGGAACAAAUAAAAUCUAGAUUACUAAAAAGUUUAGCUGAUGAACCAAUACCAACUGAUUUGACUGAUAAAGAACAGAUCUUCAUUAAUCAUGUUGGCAAGGGAGAGCAAUUGGCUGCCGUAGCUGGAAAAGAAAUUGAUUCUGCUUUAAAUUUCUACAGAGCUUUAGCUGUUUAUCCAAAUCCUACUGAUUUAUUGAGUAUUUAUCAAAGAACUGUUCCUGAGAACAUUUAUGAAAUAGUCGUUUCAAUGAUUGCAAUUCAACCUCCAAAUACUGUUGUCAAUAUCUUACGUGAUUCCAUUAGUAGUUUGGAUCAAGAUUAA